GCCACUUCAUGUGGGCAUGAAGUGUUCUGUGCAACAAUAGCUGAAGCAUGUUCACAAACAACUACAGUCAACUGCUAGAAUACGGUGACUUGGGAAGUAACAGCACAGCAGUUAACUUCCUCUACAGUCUGGGUGAUGAUAGCAAUGCUUCCAACUUCUCCACCAUCUUCCCAAUACUCACCACCACUGAUAACCGUCCCAGGGUCCACUAUGGGCCAGUUCUGCGGCUGACUCCUUCACACGAGGUUCUCAAGGCUCAGCUUAAGUGGGGCUUCCUCCUGCACACGUAUGGUUUUGCCUGCCUAUUCUUCAUUCUUGCCUUCUAUGCAUUCUUCUCCAUUCUGAAUCUCAGAUCCUUGAUCUCAAGCCGGCCGUUCAUGUCAACAAUCAACGGGUUCUUAUGUCUGCUGGGCAUCUCCAGGGCUGCCUGCCUCUUCAUAGAUCCCUACAAUCUGCGUGAGGUUAUGCCAAAGGUUCUCGGAUCUGUCUUGUGGGAUGUCGGUUUCCCAUGCAUCACAUCAGCGUUCUGCCUCAUCCAGCUUGCGUUCCUGCAACUCACUCAGUCCCGCCAACUUGGUCGCCGCAAACUGUGUGUCCUCUCCCACGGAGUCACCAUCUACAUAGUGCCCCCUUGGUCUUGUGUUGGCAAAUACAUGCUGAACUUAGGUCCUGAGAAGCUGCGACACAAGUCAUGCCUCUCACUGAUCAUCACAGCUCACUUCAGCUUUAUCAUCGGAGCAGACAUAGCUGUUGGUUUAGAGGAUCAGCUGAUGCUUGUAAAGUAUGUGGUGCAGCUUGUGUUUCUCUGCUGGGGCAUCUUCCUUUGCUGCACAUUCCUGUAUGGCGGCUGUCGCGUGAUGGGACUGCUCCGUAACAUGCCUGGUGGAUUUCUUCGCCGAGAUCCCUCAGAUCAUCAGCAGAAGGGUAUAAUGCAGCUUGCCCUGCUAGCUCCAUACAACAACCUUGCAAGCUCUGUGGCAGCAGCACUAGUUCCUACACUUCUCACACCGAAGAUUCGUAUCACCGACGAAAAUGACCGCACGUUCAGUUAUGGUAGUGACUCAAACAACCAGUUAGCAGAUGCAAAUCAGCAACAGACUGACGUUGAGUAUGCAGAAGGCUGCAGCAAUAACUCAGAGCCUCUACCAAAAGGCUUAGUUCGACCUGGCAGUCCUGACCCACGGAGGAGAUUGUCAUCCAGUGUUCAGGUGCGUCCACCUACAUCUACACCUAGUAUCGUGGUGUCUCCAGGCAGCCGACGCCCCAGCCUAGCAAGUCGUAGGGGAAGCGAGAUUGGAAGCGCAACAGGUUGCCAGCAAGGCAGUGAAUUCAGCAGAAGAGGUAGCGAGAUAAGUCGACGAGACAGUGAAAUCAGCAGAAGAGGAAGUGACAUUGUGAGCUUGUUAGGUAGUCAGCAAGGCAGUGAUGUCAGCAGAAGAGGUAGCGAGAUAAGUCGACGAGACAGUGAAAUCAGCAGAAGAGGAAGUGACAUGAGUUUGUUGGGUAGUCAGCAAGGCAGUGAUGUCAGUAGAAGAAGUAGCGAGACAAGUCGACGAGGCAGUGAAGUCAGCAGAAGAGGAAGUGAGGCUGAGCAUGGUCCAGGUCUUGUCUACAACCUGGAGACUUCUGGCCUCUUCCUGGGGAGCCACAUUAAUCGCCAGGCCACCGCUGAGGCUAGCAGCAGAAGGGGAAGCACGUGCAGCCGAACAGGAGAUGCCGGAUGCUCCAACCAGAGCCGUCAGCUUGGGACUGAGCUCAUGAGGCGAGGCAGUAGCUGCAGUAGGAUUGGUGGCGAGUGCAGCAGUCUGGGAGACAUCGCAGAGGACGAGAUCCACAUCUUGCAGCAAGAAGAAUUGCCUGUGUCACCAAUCAGUCUUACAGUGGGCAGAGCAAGAAGUGUGCCUCGCAAGAAGAGUUUGACAAGGCAGCAGUCAGAGCCCACUGUUCCAUGUAGCAAGGAACAGCAACAUUCAAAACAGCAGGUGGUGAGCUGCAGCGAGCAGUCAGAGGAUGAGGUGACAGCAGAGACAAGCUUAUUGCCUCACCAGGUAGAGCAGCCCACUGAGGAAAAGCAGACUGAUGACCUCACCUUGCACUCCAUUCUCAACCACAUAGCAUACGUAAACAGGGCAGCACUUCCGAACCAGUCCAACAUGGCCAUACCUGCCCCUACAAGCAGGAAAAGUCAAGUGCAGAAGGUUCUCAAAGGAACAUACACCACUGCUCUGCUUGGUCUCAUGCUGUGUGUGUCUGACAUGGGCAGGCUCUGUGGGCCUUAUGGGCUCAUGGCACCUGUCACCAACUCAACAGGCAUGGCCCCUGUGAGUACUCCAGGAAAUAAUGUCUCUUCCUGGUCCUACUUCCUCCCAUCUAUGCCUAGGUCUCCAAGUGAUAUUUUAUCUUCUGACAACAGAAUACUUUUCUUACUACACUGUGCCGGGCCCUUGAGUUUGCAAUGGGCUGUGCAAUGGCCAACAUCACAAAACAGCCUGUCAACAGCCGACACCAAUACCUGCAACAGCAGUAUGCGACUUCAUUGA